AUGUCUGUUAUUAGGGAAUUGAGUCAUUAAAAGAGAAACGUGGUUUUGGAAUUGUUUGGGACAUCAAAAAGAAGAAUUGAAUAAAAAGAGAAUGUAUAAUCUCCUAUCAAUCGACCUUCUAAACGAUUUAACUAUCCAUUAUCCAGCAAUGCGAGUAAAUUAUUCCAAAUCCUCAAACAGACGCCUUCCAUUCAACAACCACUAUAUAAAUCAUCAAAGAAAAACAAUGAAAGCACAGGAUUAAAUGAAAGCAUUUGUCGUAAAGUAACAAAUUUCCUACAAAUAAAAUAGAAAAAAUUGCACAUUGAUAUUUAAGAGCCAAGGACAUAUCUUAAAUAAAUCAUAUCUCCUUAUAGAGACUUUCGAUCAUAAGUCUCAUUCGAUAUUGCCCCUUAAACAUGCGUGGCGGCUCCUCGAAAAAUCAGUCAGCCUUCAUAAAAUAAUAUAUAAAAGAAUUCUGUUCGAAGAUCAAAUAGUUUCAGAGAUCUUUUCAAAAGCUAAAUUACAUUCGGUUGA